AGUUGGGUCCGUGGUCAUGUGUUUCUAGGUUGAUGCUGAGGGAGUUGGGUCCGUGGUCAUGUGUUUCUAGGUUGAUGCUGAGGGAGUUGGGUCCGUGGUCGAGUCACAUGCGAUGGAUUAUCUGGAUCAUGGCAGUUAUCGGCUCCACAUACGUCUUCUACUUCCACGAGAGGUAUAAACUGUUGGAGUUACUAGGAUACGUGGCCAUGGGGGCGGGGCCUGCACUUGUCAUCCUGUCCAUGGCGGACAGGGCAGGUUUGUGUGAGCUGGCGGUGGGUGGGAUUUUCUACGUAGUGGGUGUGGCCUUCUUUAAGAGCGAUGGAGUCGUCCCAUUCGCUCACGCCAUCUGGCACCUGUUCGUUGCCAUGGGAGCAGCUACACACUACUACGCUAUCUGGAGACACCUGUACACUGAGACACACACCUACCGUGGUGCUAGCUAAACAUGGAUCUGGUCCUGUACACACCUGGACACUGAGACACACACCUACCGUGGUGCUAGCUAAACAGGGAUCUGGUCUGACUGUUUACAUGAUGACAUCACCACAUCCAACUCUUACAAUUAUUAGUAGAAGUACCACAGUUACCAACAUGCUGGAAACAGGCUUUGAUUAUAUAAUGCCCGUAUGUUCCACACCAGAAGGAUCUCUGUCCAAUUAGAGACAGGAAUUAGUGAACUCUGUCCAAUUCUUUAAGAGUUUACAGGAAUCAGUCAACUACCAGAAGGAUCUCUGUCCAAUUAGAGACAGGAAUCAGUGAACUGAAGGAUCUCUGUCCAAUUAGAGACAGGAAUCAGUCAACUACCUGAAGGAUCUCUGUCCAAUUAGAGACAGGAAUCAGUCAACUACCAGAAGGAUCUCUGUCCAAUUAGAAACAGGAAUCAGUGAAUUGAAGGAUCUCUGUCCAAUUAGAGACAAGAAUCAAUGAAUUACCAUAAAGAUCAUCAAGGACAACAACCACCCGAGCCACUGCCUGUUCACCAUGCUGUCAUCCAGAAGGCGAGGUCAGUACAGGUACAUCAAA